AUGCAACCAGUCGGUCCCCGAGUCUCAAAGGAGGAUUUUAUCCACGCUUUGGGCCUGAACCCCCACGACCCACAGCAUGAACAGUACUACCGUGCCAUGCGAGACGAAGCAAUCAUGGUCUACAACCGUAUGAACCAAGACACCUCCCACCUCCUCGAUAGUGUCCGUCAAGAUCCAAAUACCCGUCCCCCAUUCUUCUGGCACCACAUCUUACCCGACCACCAACGUUGGGCCAUCAUGGAGAUCUGGCGCAAUGCCGGUCCUCUGACUCGGCCUCUAUUUGACCGCGGCGCUACCAAUAGCGAGUAUGGACCAAAUUGGGUGGCUGGGUGGUUGUUAUACAGUGUGUUUCGGUCGCGGGAUGUGAGAAAUAAUCGGAAUCGGAGGAAGGGGGAGAAUCAUGGAACGGUUGAUGCGGAUAAGAGGCCCAGGCAGGUUGAGGAGACGCCGAAGAAGGGCUACUAUGAUCCUGUGCGGAAUGGGACGCUCUAG